CGGAGCGAGACGGAAGGAUUUUGCAGCGAUCAUCGACUCGGCCGACGGCGCAGUCGCCCAGGAACCUCGCGCCGUCUCCGUUCUCCGUCGGACGAAGGACGCGUCGCCCGCUCGCGACCCAAAGGUCGCCACCGUCCUCGUCGAACCAGUUCUCGUCGCUCGUUUCCUCUCGCGGUGGCCCCAUCGGCCGCUACACCCAGCCCCGGAUUCCGGCGUCUCCGGGAACCUCUCUGUCGCUACCACGGUACCGCCUCUACCACCCCGGUCGUCGCCACGGUGGCAGCGAGCAGCAGCGGCACUGGCAGCGACGCACCGGCACCUCCUGGUUCCUGCUGGUGCGCGGCCCCGAUGCCGCAGUAGCGACGACCGUCCUCUCUCCGGUCUCGGUAUAGAUUUUCAAUUAGUCCGCGCGAAACGUGCAAAAUAAUGUGCCGCUCCGACACCUGCUGACCAGCGCUGAUCAUGACCGAAGGUCGCUCGUUCGCGUCCUAAGCUCCGCUCCGUCGCUUGAUCCUUCCUUCCUUCCUCACUCUCUCUCUCUCUCUCUCUCCCUCUUUCUCCGCUCUGUUCUCUUCCGUUCCGCUCCGUUCCGUUUUCUCGUCUUGCCUUCUCCUCCUCGGCCGUCGUAUCGGACGGAUCGAUUCUAUUUUCGCGUCGCGUGCGUGUGAACAGUGUCGAGAACUGGUGGAAUGGCCGGUCAGUGACGGAGAUUUUUCCAGUGAACGGUCCAUGGGGUGUAUGGGGUCCGGUGGCUCGCAGGCCGGCCAGAGGAUGCCGUUUCCCGUGAACCACGACGCCUUCCUCUGCAGGAUCGUCGCUCUGUUCGCGUUCGCGCUCAACUCGUUCUCAGAUCGAGUCACGUCGAUCCAGGUCCACGAUCCAACGACGUUCGUUUCCGGGCGAGCGUCCACGGAAGUCGUCGGUGGUGAACGUCGAGACGAUAUUCGGUGCUCCACGCGACUCCACGGUCGACGGUCGCAUCGUUUCUACGUUUGCUCUACGCGCGGCCAACGAGGCUCCGGGAUCACGUCGAUUUCCCCGUCGAUUUCCGCGUGGAACGUACUCGUAAUUUCGGACCGGUUUUCAGUUUUACGCGACGACGGCGGCAAACGUCUCGUUCGAUCAACGAGUCUGGUAAAUGUUCGGCUGAACGAGGAUCGUCGCUCGAACGGUGGUCGAAAUGGGACGAAAAUCUGCUCGGUCGCGGAUGGCGCGGCGGCCAGUGACACGGUGACCGAGCGAAUUAAACGUUUAGAUGGAAUUCGGUUUGUCCAGAAUAGAAAUAAGAUUCCCGAAAUGUGGAUAAAUUCCGGCGCCGGAUGAAAGUUGCCCGCGGCCUCACCGCGUUCAAUGACCCAUAAAUUCGAGUCUCGAUCGUUGACCGUAGCGCGGAAAAACUGCUCCUCGCGUCCGAUCAAGAGUGCUUCCGAGCCUGUGACCGGUACCGGGGUCUACUAACUAGCUUGGACGCCUUCGAUCGGCACUCUCGAAUCGAGGAAAUCGAGCCGAUCUGUCUGUUCGUCGAAGAGAACGUUCUCGAUCGGUGAGUCGUUCGUCCCUUUCGUCGACGAACAAAGGCAGCAGGACGAUCCGAAGACAGCUGCUGUUUCUAUCCGUCGUUCUGUCUCGAGUUUCGAUCCAUUUUCGGUAGGUUGGAGCGUGCGACGGUUAUUGAUUUUCAUCGUCGGAUUCCUUCCGUUCUACGCCGUACGAGCUCGAACGGGAGAACCGCCGCGUCGAACGAGAAGUCGUCCGGAAAUACCGCGAUUUAAUACGUCGGAGGUUCCGCGACGUCGACGCGAAAAUAUCGGUGGGACGGUGUUGAUCGCGUAUCGGCAUAGGGUACCGGAACGCGUACUCGAGGAACUUGAUUAAGGCCACUCGUAAAAUUGCAACCACCGAUUCGAGUGGUGUUGAGUGAAUUGGCAGCGUUGCGGACAGCGAUCAAACCCGGAAAUAGGAAUAACGGAAAAUGAGAGGAAGCUCGUUCCCCGCUCGAUACGGUUUUAAUGCUCCACGCACGAGACGCUCUCGUCUAUUUUAUUUCUUUGUUCGAUUCGUUGUUCCUCGUGUUGGUUCGAUAUUUGUGCUCGUCGAUACGAUACGAUACGAUACGAUAAAAAUUGUCGAUUCUCCGACCAACGAUUUCGUUCCCGAUAGUUUCCGUCUCUCCGUGGAAGGGGUUGGGCCGACUGACCGCGGCCGUAAAUCGGUCGUCUCCUCGGUUCGUAUCGCAGCCCUUCGCAUGACGGCCCUACAGAUACCGCAGCACGUCGUUCUCAACGAGACGGUUCGAAUGCAGUGCAACUUCAACUUGGACAAAGAGACGUUGUACUCGGUGAAAUGGUACAAGGACGGGCACGAGUUUUAUCGUUACGUGCCCAGGGACGUGCCCGCGGUACAGACGUUUCGCGUGCCCGGCGUAAACGUGAACAUACGCAAUUCCACGGAGAGAUCGGUGGUACUGAGCAACGUCAACCUGACCAGUUCGGGCAGGUACAGGUGCGAGGUGUCCGCGGAGGCACCCGCGUUUCAGACGGUGUCGGAUCACGCGGACAUGAUGGUAGUAGUUCUUCCCGACGAGGGCCCGCGGAUAACCGGUCGUCGAUCCCGCUACCAGGUAGGGGAGGUCGUUCGCAUGAACUGCACGUCCGCGCCCUCCAAGCCGGCUGCCCUGUUGACUUGGUUCAUCAACGGCGACCCGGCGGACGCCAAGUACCUGAAGGGACCGCACAUCACCGCGGUCGACGAGAAGGGACUCGAGACCGCGGUGCUUGGACUCGAGUUCCGCGUCGCGAACAAACACUUUAAACGGGGCGAUAUGAAGCUGAAAUGUCUGGCGACGAUAGCCACCGUCUACCUUCAGAGCAACGAGGAGAGCGUCGAAGGGGACGAGAGGAUCCUCAAGGCUCCGGUGAUGGAGAGCCGCGAGACCAGGGCGCAGAGUCGUACUCGGAACGAUCUGAUCAGUGUGUUUGCGAAGGAUAAAUAUGAUGUGGGCACGGUAAAAGACUACGAAGCAAGAAUAGACUUAAGGGGAUGGCGCCACGAGCAACCCGAAAUUCAUUUGAGGUAUGUGUACAAUGGCAAACAAAAGUUCGUUAUUCGAACGAUGGAACCCAUGGCACUUGGAUCACCCGUCGGAAGUCCUAUGCAGAGCCCUGGAAGCCCAGGAACGUCGGCGUAUCUUCCGAACUUCCUCUUAGGCGAUACCACGACUCCGGCUAAGAUAAGCCUGACCAGCCCUCAAGACACUCCGAGGCAACUGCACAUCGGUCACGCUCCUCUGACGUCUCCUUUGUCUCAUUACGGUACUCCGGAUUAUCGUACCAAUCGGCAAAAAGCGGUGUUCGGUGGGAACACGCCGAAUACGUCACAGAUGGUCACAGAGAGUCACACCGGUGGACCACCGACCAGAGGACUGUUCGAUACUUUGGACACCUCGCAAACCGCAUCGCCCUACGUAUCGGCGGCAAACCAGAGCUUGUCUUCCAAUCAACAACCGAGGUAUCUGACAAACACGGUGAUGAACACCUCUCUGUUCAGCGAGAGCUCGUUGAAUCCUAAUGCGAACGAAUCGCAAGGUCUGUUACAAUGGGUGACCGUGUUCGGUUUCCCUCCCAGCGAUCUUAAUUCCGUUUUGGCUCACGUUUCGAGUAGAGUUCGGAUAGUAGACAAACAUCCUCCACCGCACGCGCAGAGCAAUUGGAUCCACUUGAAAUGCGCGUCGGAACAAGAGGCACAAAGGGCGCUCGCUUGUAACGGUAACGUGGUCUCGGGAUCGGUAAUGAUAGGCGUGAUUCCGUGCACGGACGAAGGCGUUACGAUGGGAAACGACAAGGAGAAUCGUCCGAGGAUGAACGGAAGCGGUGUCAAAUGUUUUUCGAAUCUGGGAAGAGUGACUCAGUCGCCGGACUACAGUACGCCACGCACGCCUGUUAGAAUACAAAACGUGAGGCCGCUGGCGGUCGGUUACAAUCAAAAUCUCAGUCCUCAGUCGGUGAGGACGCCUGAGAACGUUCCACAAAAGUCUACCGGUUUAGUAUCGAAAGCGAUGGAGUACAUGUUCGGAUGGUAGCCUCAAGCGGGAUCGAUUAAAUUGUACAGGCUCAUUCGUUAAUGACAAGUAUCAUUUAAUACGCUGUGUUGCGUGUGUUCUUUAUAAAAAGUUCAAUACAAUGCAAACACGAUCGACUGAGAGAAUGUGUGUCUGUCUGUGUAUAUGUGUGUGUGUGUGUGUGUGAGAGAGAGGAGUAUGUAUUGUAAAAUAUGUAAGCUCGCGGUAUUCGUUUGUUGCGCACCGACGACAAAACAUGAAAUCCCCGUUUCGUGGAUCUUUCUUUACCUCGGAGUAAUAAUUUGCAAAUACCUUGAAUCUUAGCUACACAUAUUGCACUAAUCAAUUAAAACGAUUCGUUCUUUGUGGCGAUCAUGUUAUUUAAGAAAUAUUGGUAAGCCACGUUCUCUUACUCGGAUCAUGAAUUUUUCAAUUAUCGCGUAUUUCCGGUACGAGCGAGAAGAUUUACAACAAAAGUCGUCCCACUUAUUCGUAUAGAUAUCGUCUGAACGAAGUUUUUUUAUCUUAAUCUCUUACGAACGAUCAUGUAUUUCUAAUCAUAAUUCUAAUGCGAACAGGCAGCAGGCAGGGACGCAUUGAAAGUUAGUCCUAGUCUGUUCCUCCCCUAGACCUUGCUCACGUGCUAACAACUAAUAUGGUACAGAUGCGCGUUGAUCUUCUCUCGAUAAUAAUAAUAAUAAAUAAACGUCCAACACUUUA